AUGAACAAUUUAGUCCAGCCCAAGCAAGUCGUAAGCAUUCGUAUCAAUCCCCAACUCUACCGCCAAUUAAAAAGUGAAGUGGGACCGGGAAGAGUUAGUGCUUUUAUUGAAAGAUUAAUUGCUCGUGAGUUAAGCGAACAAGAACAAAAACUCGCCCAAGAAUACCAAGCGAUGGUGGCGAAAAGGAUUAAGCGGGGUGAUAUUUACCGGAUAGCCCUAGACCCCACCGUGGAGGUAGUUUUUCAGUCCGAAAGCAAACCCCGCAAAAUUUUAACCGACCAAAUUCGCACGGUCGAUAAAGAGCGACUAAGAGGAUAUAAAGGCACCGUUGACCCGGAAAUUCUAACUAAAAUUGAAAAAGCCUUAGGAGUAGUUUUAGCUUUGCGGAGAGGAUUUGUUCUUUCAUCGGACUUAACUGGGAUACCUACUAAAUUAUUGAAAGAGGAGUUGGCCCGGAGAGGAUAA